AUGGAUGGCCGUCUACGGAAGAAACGCACAUUCAAAAUUAGAACAAAGUUCGGCAAUGCCCGUGAGUGGAGGAGUCGCAAGAACCGGCCAUGCGAUGCGUGCCGUCGUCGAAAGACGGCGGGCUUGCUCUGUCGCUCCAUCAACGAUGAGUCGCACCCACCGUCUCCACAUGACGAGGCGGAAAUUGGUCGUGAUGAUCAAGAAUGCAGUACGAGGAUGCCGUCAACUGUAGAAGACUCCGGUGAGUCUUCACUCGGUCCAGAAGAUUCGACGUCACGACUGGAUAUGUCGCCUGUCCACGCCAGAUCCUUACCAGGAGAUACGCCAUUACCCCUGAGACACUCCCACGCCGAACCGUUGUCCUGGUUGGGACAAGAAUCAUCGCCGACAGCAGUAUCACCUGGGGCACCUGGAAUAUCUUCCGUCGUGCCACUAAUGUAUACGCUGGAAGAUAAUGAGAAUCGGACUGCCCAUAGCAUGGGGCUUUCCGCCGAACAAGACACUGACCUCCUGGCUUCAUUCCGAUCAGUGAUCAUGAAUGAGAAAGAUGGAGUUAGCGCAGACGUGAUUCAAGUCAGUCCCGCAAAUUCAAGCCAGAAUGUACCCCCAAUCCAUUUUAAUGUGCUUCACGACGAAUUCCAACCCGCCGAUGAUGUUGCCAAGGCCCGGGCAUCGGAGACAAUCGAGGCCAUGGUAUCUCCGCAUGGCGCUACCCUUGUGCGGCUCUUCUUCAAACAUAUCCACCCGGUAUAUUGUGUUGUCUCAAAGACCCGCUUUCUACAGGCAUAUGCAAUAGACAAGCUGCAAAUACCUGCGUCUUUACGUGGUGCUAUUUACGGUCUAGGGUCAAUGUUUUGGAAGCACGAGUUCGCCCAAGACGGGACCUUGCAGUUCGACCUGCACGACCUAUUUCAAGAAGCCCAUUCAUCACUUCAAAGAGAGUUUCAUGCUCCCAACCUUUGGAAAUUACAAGCAUGCCUUUUGCUCCUGUAUGAGAGACCGGCUGACAAUGCGACGAUUGAAACGCCCUGUACAUGGGUCUUCUCCGCGCAUACCGUGGCAUGUGCUCAGAUGAUUGGCUUACAUAGAGAUCCUACGUUUUGGCAAAUUGCACCGUGGGAGAAGAAGCUACGCAGGAAACUAUGGUGGUCUACUUACAUCGCUGAUAUUUGGUCAUCGGUUUGCCAUGGAAACCCGCCUCUCAUUUAUCAAGACUCGUUUACAACAGCUGCGCCUAGUAUUGAAGACCUAGCAUUCGAUGAAGAGGUCCCCGAAGGGAUACGACAUAUGGUGGAUGAAUCCAGCAGAGAUGUGGAUAUCUCCACCAGCGCACGAUUCUUACAGAUGUAUGCCUGGCAGAUUUCUCAAGGAAAGGUACCUAUGCUGAUAGCGAUUUUUAGUACUGAUAUCGGAUACGAAAAAACCAUGUCGAAGCCCUUGGAACGCGAGAAAGAACUGUUGAAAAUCAAGAAAAACCUGGAAAACUGGACCUGUAUGGCUCCGCACGCCACUACACCUGGCUUUUUUCGCAAUACAAGCUCUUUUAUAUCGAGCGUUGAUGAGUCCCGCGACGACAGCCGCAAAAUCAGAUCCCAAUUCUUCGCUGCGUCGAUACUUUGA